AUGCAGCAAGAAAACGAGUGCUUCAAGCUGGAAGACGGGCGCAAGCUCUCCUACGCAGUCUAUGGCAGCCCCGUCCCGCCGAAAACCAUCAUCUAUUUCCAUGGCUACCCAUCGUCGCGCUUCGAAGGCAAGCUGUGGCAUUCGAGCUGCGCAACGCACAAUGUCAGGCUCAUUGCGCCUGAUAGGCCAGGCAACGGCCUCUCCACUUUCCAACAUAACCGGCGCAUUCUCGACUUUCCGGCCGACAUAGUCGCCCUGACCAAACACCUCAAAAUACACCAGUUCUACAUCCUGGGUGUUUCAGAAGGCGCGCCGUAUGCGCUGGCGUGCGUAAAAGAGAUUGCAAAAGAGAGGCUGUUGGGCGCAACCAUAGUCAGUGGCCAGUAUCCAAUCAAGCUGGGCACGGCGGGCAUGAUGCUACCCUCGCGCAUCGUCCUGUGGAUAGCACCGCUGAUGACGAACCUUACGGCUGCGCUAUUUGAUAAGAAGAUGGGCAAGCCGAGUCGGGACCAGGACCCCAGGGUUUUCGAAGAUAUCCUGUCCAAAGAGGUGGAGCACUGGCACCCUGGUGAUCAAGAGGCUAUUAAAUGUCCCACCGUUUGGCCGACCUUUGUAGCAAUGACCAAGGAGUCGUUUCAUCAUGGUGCUGAGGGUGUAGGCUGGGACGCGAAGCUGAGCGGUAGUGACUGGGGCUUCGAUCUUACACAUGUACAUGUUGGGCAAAGCGGCGUGCCGCUCACGCUAUGGCAUGGCGAGGAAGAUAGAAUUUCUCGAGUCUCCAUGGCGCAUCAGGCAGAACACCUCUUGCCAGGCUGUGCGCUCCGACUCAAACCGGGAGAAGGACAUGUCAGUUUCAUUGUCCGCGACGCUGAUGACAUCCUGGAGAAUCUGGUAGGCCAGACCGAGAACGAUGAGUACAUUAUGGUAUAUGAUACUCAGGUGUACGUCUAA